AUGCCUAGAAACAAGGAAAAGAAGAGCAAGAGCAAAAGCAAUUCUGAUGAGCGCCAAUUCGGUUGGACGGCUUUACCUCUAGAACUGAAGGAGGAGAUAUUAACCCACAUGGAUAUCAAUCAGUUGCUCAAGUUGGAGGCUGCUAUGGGCCUUCAAGAGACAUCAGCAGCAGAUUAUCCGCGAACAGAAGCCUCACCUCCGAAGGAAAUGUAUCGCCGAAUUACCCAUAUCUUCUUGUUAUUCGACCUGGACAUAGAGGUUACGAUGCGGCUGAUGCAACAGCAUGACGCUAUCAUAUCCGGAUCUUGCGCUCUUGCAGCUGUCCUCGACAACAACUUCACGCCCAAUGAUGUCGACAUAUACGUGAAGACAGAACAAGCCCGAUCUUUUGUCGAAGCUUUAAUCGGGGAAAGCAAAUACGAUCAUCUUCCAAAUUUGAAGGACGGCAAGGAAUACAAACGCGAACGCAACGGAAUCGCCAAGAGUUACAACCUUACUCAUCGCGAGAACGGCAAAAAGGUUAACAUUAUCGAGACCAGCGUUUGCCCUAUAUCCACGAUAUUCGCGUUCCACAACACCGUGUUGAUGAACUUCAUCACCUACUGGGGUGUUGUAUGCACUUAUGGCAACCUCACCUGCAGGAAGAUCGGCCUGUUCAACAGUACCAGUUUCAACGAAGGGAGGAAUAAACAACUAACACCAAAAAUAGAGGAGAGCAGACAGAAGUACAAGGAAAGAGGGAUAAAGAUGAUAUGGAACUACCGAGGAAGAGAAGACGUUCGAAAAUCGUGGUCCGACAUCAGAAACCACGUUUGCGGGGUAUGGGAGUAUUGUCCAAAGACUAGCCGUAGCAUCAACGACCCAGGCGUUGCGUGUCUCGUCUUUCCUGAAUGGAGAGACAAGGAUAUAGACGUCACAAUGGUUCAUUGGUCUCUAGCCACCGAAGGCAGGUGCAAAACCAAUUUCGGAAUGAAACUCGGCUGGGUACACACGUCGGAAGGUCAAAGCAUUUGGCUGUUAUAA